AUGCCGCGGCGCAGCGGAUGCGUACCGGUCGUGUGCACCUCUUCUGAGCCUAUGGGCAAGGCUGAAAGCCGUGACUGCGCUCAACGAGGGGUGCUUCCUCGUUUUGGUAUGGCACAAUUUUGUGCGAAUAAUCGUGACGUUGUGUGCUAUUUGGUCACUAAACAUUCAUGGAAAGGGAAAUACAAGCGAAUAUUCUCCAUUGGAACCCUUGCCAUCACUACUUAUAAUCCUCAGACAUUAGAAAUCACCAAUCAGUGGCAAUAUGAAGACUUCCUUGCCAUAAAGCCUUCACCAAGAAAUGCAACAAGCGAGUCCAAACAAGAUGAAUUUAUCAUUUUUGUCAGGCACCGAGGCAAGAAGGAUACCAUGAGGUUCUCGUCCGAUUUCACGCCGCAGAUUCUUACCGACUGUUUACAGUUCAACUCGAAGUUCGCAGAGCGAAAUACAGAGCCCAUUGCAGUAAACGCUUACAAGCACAGCUGGUCAGACAGACGGUUACCCGUAAUCUUGCGAGCGAGCGCGGCUUGUAUCGAGCAAGUGGACAGUCGAGGAGUGGUGAUCCAAGCCUACCCAUAUCGAAAGAUUCGCAAAAUUUUACGAGUCUCAGAUUGCCCUGGCGGGUUCAUCAUAGAGGUCGGCGAUCAUUUGCGAAGGCAUCUUUUCGCUUCCACCAAGACCGACGACUUUCUGAAAGAUGUGCGACGAUUAGCUGCAGAAAAUCUUGGUGUGAUCGUUCCAAUAACGAAAGAAGCUGCCACACUAGACGAAUUUGCUCUUACCCGGCUCGGUUUAUGUAGUCGAGAUGAUCAAAUUACCUCUUAUGCCGAGUUCAAAGUGCAAAAAUACAGUCGUCGUCACGAACAACCUGCGCGACGAUUGCUUUGCCUUAGUGAAACAUGCCUUGUCGAACGUGAUCCAGCCACCUAUGCUGUAGUUUGUGCGACUCCAUUGGAGCAGAUUGUUUGUCUGGUCCGUUUAGAGAAGGAUCCUCAACAGUUUGUAGUCGAGUACAUGAAUGCUGAGGGCAGGGUGUACUCAGCUGCUGAAAGAGAUCUUAUAAUUGCGUCACUUGUUGAUGGUAUACGUGCUGCUGGAAAUGAGCAAGUUUUCGUAACCAGCCAUAGGUUUGAUCAGCCAUUACGACUAUUACCUCAUGGUCUGUUGCUAGAUGAAGAUGGUGAAUCACAAUGCAUGCGACACGUUAUCGCGCCUCCCCCCGGUUUGAAGCGGUCCGAUCUCAUCCGACGAUUCAAUGCGAACAUCCCAUAUACGGGCCUGACUUACUCUGUAUCUCAAGAAGGAUUUUUCACCGAGAAUAAGGGCAAAGUGAUUGUUGCUGCAUUAGAAGCAGUUUUAGGCGAGUGCUAUGAGAAGGAUGAUCCAACCCACGUUUACAAGAUUGAAGCACAACUGCAGUGUUUGCGAAGGUUAUUCGCUUCAAAAAGUGGAUUCCAAGCCUUCACAGAAGUUGCGGGAAUUCGCGAGAAGCUGGGGACAUUGGUUAUACGAGUUUUAUCUUACAAAAAUGAGGCUAUCGAUCAUGCAAUUGUGGAAGCACUGUGCGCUUUGAUGCAUCCUAUGCAUAACCAGUAUGAGCUACGAACGGAGCAACUCAACAAGCAAAGUCUCCUUAGCAGUUCAAAAUUUGUCGAACAUUUACUGGAUCUCAUUGUGAACCAUGUGGAGCGAGGUACGGGAUGGCUGGUAAUAGCAUCCAUGCUCGACUUCCUCACUUACGCCGUGUGCGCACCUUACAGUGAAACCACUACUGGAGACCAGUUUGACCAAAUUCUGCGGCUUGUCGCAGCUCGUGGGCAGAGCUUCUAUCGAUUAUUUCAAUGUCCAAGCAUGACCAUAGUCAAAGGGGCUGGAAUGGUGAUGAGGGCCAUCAUUGAGGAAUCAGACGUAGAGACAUCGAAAUCUAUGCAAAUGCUUGCCCUCACAGAAGGAGCUUUUCUCACUCAUCUGCGGCUAGCUCUAUUGGCCACUGGCAAGGAUCUCACGGUUUUGACUAAUAAACAACUGAGUGGUCAUUUGAUUGGUCUUUGGAUUGCUGAUAACAAAGCUGCUGGCGAUCUUUUGGGCCGAUGCCUUCCUCGCGGAUUGUUGGAUUUCCUUGACUCGGAUGCAAAAGUUCCAGUGAAAGAGGCGGAUCUACUCAUACCUCGAAAUAAUUUGGAAGCGGCCACAAUUGAGACACGACAGAGCGCUUUGAAAGAAAAACUCGAAAACAUAAGAGUGACGGCUGAAGCCGGUCUCGAACGAUUCAUACAGCAUUGGGAUCUAGAACAAAAGCUCAGUUUCUUGCCACGCAAACAAGACGAGAAACCACGGCAGCGUCCGGUUGUAUUGAGAAAGAGGCGACAACGUGUUCGUAAUUCUGUGAACUGGAAACUCUUCGCGUACCAGUUUGGUAAAGAUCAUUCUCAGGCAGAUCUCCUAUGGAAUGAGAAGACUAGAGAAGAGUUUAGGCUUGCAAUAGAGAAUGAGCUUCGCGCACUCCAGAACGAAAAGGAGCAGGCACCUUCAGAUGUGCCAAUUUCGUGGAACCAUACUGAGUUUCAGAUUCGCUAUCCAUCGUUGCAAGAAGAAGUCAAGAUCGGUGACUACUACCUUCGACUGCUGCUACAGGAAGCUGAUGAGACUGCUACACCUAUUCACAAUCCGACUGAUUUUUUCAACAACGUAUACCAUCGCUUUCUUCUGUCGGCAAGGUGUGAAAUGCGAUGUCUUUGCCUCAGAGCUAUGGCCGUCACUUACGGCCGCCAUCACAUGACAAUUGGCCCAUUUGACGAUUCUCGGCAUUUUGUCAGCAUGCUUGCGAAGUGCACGAACGCUGCAGAACGUGACCAUUAUAUAUUGCUCAUAUCGAAGCUGGUCUUGAAUAAGGACAAUGUUAGAGAACUGAUCACCUCUCACUUGCUUCCAAUCUUAGUUGAUUUGGCCGCACUCGCCCAUCUUCAUGUUCAGCGAGCAAAGAUUCAGAAUCAGACUAACGUAAUAGAAGCUAGUUCUGAGCAGAUGAGUGAAGGAAGCUCUGCAGAGUGGUAUUACGCAGCUAGCGAUAACAGCAAGGAGAGACUUGGGCCAUUUUCUUUCGAAAAGAUGAAGGAAUUAUACGCGGAGAAGAAAAUAUUUGAAAAAACAGCUGUAUGGGCAGCAGGAUUGGAAAAGUGGGAACCGCUCAGCAAAGUACCGCAAUUUCGAUGGACAGUGUGCCUUAGCCAUCAACAAACUGGAACCCCGCUAUAUAACUUCACUGAGCUUUGCGCGCUAUGUCUUGAUAUAUUGAUCCAAAUGUGCGAGUUCUUCCCAUCUAGGGAUGAAAAUAACAGCGUUGUACGGCCAAUGCCUCAAGUCAAGAAGAGUCUCACAGAACCGGUAUUAUUGUAUCAGAUUGUUCAACUUCUACUUACUUACGAUCCAAGUAUUGUUCAACGGGUCGCUACACUAGUGCAUCUGGUUAUGCAGGACAAUCCUUUCCUUCCUCGUUUAUACUUGUCUGGUGUUUUCUUCUUUAUUCUCAUGUAUAAUGGCUCCAACGUGCUGCCCAUUGCUAGGUUUUUGCAUUACACGCACAAGAAGCAAGCAUUCCGAACCGCAUUGCCACAGUUAGAGGGUGCAUCCAACUCUAUUCUUGCUCCGUUGUUGCCAGCGGCGGCUAUUUUCUAUCUUGAGGAGUAUGGACCUGAUAAAUAUGCGGAGGUUUUUCUAGGCGAAUUCGAUAAUCCUGAGAUUAUUUGGAGCACACAGAUGAGGCGUCAUCUUAUUGAACGAAUUGCUGUGCAUGUGUCGGAUUUCUCCAAUCGGCUUACUUCUAAUGUAAAAGCGUUAUAUCAGUAUUGCCCAAUACCACUGAUAGACUAUCCAGAACUGCAAAACGAGCUGUUCUGUUAUGUAUACUAUUUGAGACAUCUUUGUGACCGACAGCGAUUCCCAGACUGGGAGAUACGAGAUCCGAUUCCAUUCUUGCGAGCUUGCCUGGCCGCAUGGUUUGAAGAAUUAGAGAAGAAACCACCUGCCAUGUCCAUUGAGCAAGCUCGAGAAACUCUAGGCCUGAAUACAAUGGAAGAUGGAUGGCAGGAUGCCGCUGUGGUUCGUCGAGCUUAUUUCAAGCUGGCUGCGAAAUACCAUCCUGACAAGAAUCCCGAAGGUCGAGAGAUGUUCGAAAAGAUCAAUACGGCUUACGAACUGCUUUCGAGCGAUGCUGGUCGAUCAUCUAUGCCUGAUGCGCAUCGCAUUGUUCUAUUCCUCCAAGCGCAGAGUAUCAUCUACAGCCGUCAUAGCAAAGAGCUCUCCGAGUAUAAAUAUGCCGGCUACGGGCAACUGAUUCGUACUAUCGAUCUGGAGGCUCAAAACGCGUCGCUUUUCCAAGAAGGUGGUGGUGCUUUGUUGAGUGCUGCUAUCGAAUUGGCAAAUUACACUCUUGUGAGCAGCGCCUUGAACGCCGAACAACUCCGAAGAGAACAAGGACUUGAGGCUUUGCAAACAGCGUUUGAUCGAUGUGUACCAGUAAUUACCGUCAGCUCAUCUCCAACGGAUAUGGCAGUUCAGGUUUGCGAGCACAUCUGUAACUGUUUCGGCACCGCCUCUGCUUUCGAGGCUUGCCGUCACCGAAUUGCAGAGAUGCCCACUGUGUUCAGUAACGUCUGCCGAUUACUGCAAUUUCCGGAGCUUCCUCGGCUUUCCUCUGCAGCUGCGCAAUGCAUAUGCCAAAUGGCAGUGGAUACCCUGUUGCAAACACAAUUGUUCCAAUCAGGCAUUCUUUGGCAACUUGUUCCACAUCUUUUCCAUUAUGACUUUACUCUCGAUGAAGGAGGUGUAUCUCACAGCGAAGAGUCCAAUAGGCAAGCGAUGGCGAACAAAUUGGCCCGGAUUUCUUGUGAAGCCUUGGCUUGCUUGGCUGGGUUUAGGGAGAAUACCCCUGAGAAUGAUGGAGUGCAGAAUAGCCUACGUGCUCUGUUGACACCAUACGUGUGCCGAUGUAUGCGUACAGAAACGAAUGACAUGGUCCUCAAAACGCUGAACAGCAAUACAGAAAAUCCAUACCUUAUCUGGGAUAAUGGUACUCGCGCUGAAGUGCUGGAAUUUGUUGAGCGGCAUCGCACAUCAAGAGAGCAAACGAGUGAACUGUUCGGCGCUGAGUUCCAGCUGUCAAUCCAUGCCAAGGAACUCAUCGUUGGUGAUAUCUUUGUACGAAUAUACAAUGAGCAGCCAACAUUCCCACUACUGGAGCCGAAAAAAGUUGCCAUGGAUCUUCUUGAUUUCAUGGGACGCUAUGCUCCCGAGUUGACAGGUCAUUUCAAAAAGCCAGUCAAUGGUGAUCUUAUCGAAAUUGACUGGUCAUCAUCGAAUGCAAACAAAAUGUCUUCGGAUGAGAAAGUUACCAUGUGCACCGAGGCUCUGGCGAAUCUUGUCACGGCUAAUCCAGGGGUAGAAAUUCUAUUGAUUGGUCAUUUCCAUCUAAUCAUCGCUUAUCUUCGUGCUCGGUUGUAUCCGCAGAUACAGAUGGCCAACCUCAAACUACUGUCAUUAGCUGCAGCAAAUAAGGAAUGUGUGCAAGAUUUGUCAAAUCAGCAUGCUUGCUCUUCAUUGUUUGUGUUGAUGAGAGAACGAAAAGACGCACUUCCUCUCAUUUUGAGCACUUUGAUCGCGUUAUCAUCCAACGGUCAAAUCGUAAAGGAGAUCUUAGAAUUUGGCGGCUUGCUGUACAUACUGUCAGUCUUCUGCUCGCCUGAUAGUGAUCCUGGUGAAAGGUUGCAAUCCGCUGAAUUGCUAACUAAGCUGCAGGCUGACAAAUUGACAGGACCUCGAUGGACCCGUUUCAUCACGAAAUAUCUUCCACCGAUAUUUGCCGAUGCUUUGCGAGACUCUCCAAAUACUGCGAUCACGAUGUUCGAUUCUACCAACGAAAAUCCAGAGCUAAUUUGGAAUGAUGCAACCCGAAACAAAGUGCGAAAAAUCAUAGAGCGUGGUGUUGAAGACCUAUAUCGAGCGCAAUCAAGCAAUCCAGAACACAAAUGGGAUACUGGCUCUCUCGCUGACGAUAAUUGUGCAUACGCUGAUUCUGUCACUGGAGAACUUGUUGUUGGUGGAGUGUUUGUGAGGUUAUAUGUGGCGAAUCCAGCAUGGGCGGUUCGUCAUCCAAAGCAGUUCGCCACGGAACUUAUAGAGAAAGUUCUGGAGUUGAUGCACAAACCUAGUCCCGAUCUUACGCUAGUAACUUCAGCUUUCAUAGAACUGCUGCGGAACUUCCCGAAUACUGCAGAUCAGCUACCUGCGCAAGGUUAUCUUCCACAGUUCAGCAAAGCAAUGUCAGCUAAGGAUCCGCAAACAUCUCGCUCUGCAAUUCUCAUUCUUCAGCAACUUGCUGAGAAUAAUUAUUGUGCUGAUGCACUUUCGCAGAUCAACUGCAUCGAAGGUAUCAUGAAUUCCAUGAAAAAUCAGCCAACAUUGAUGCACGAAUCGGCACAUGCUCUGAAAUGUUUGAUGCGAAGGAACAGUGGAAGUCUUUCGGCACAGAUGUUGUCCACAGGAAUGGUUGAUUAUCUACUCGAAGUGCUUCGUGGUGAUCUGCCAGGCGUUUCAAACUCUCCAGCUGCUCGAGCUGAAAUUGUAGAUGCAUUGAAGAGCGCUUGCUUGGAUUUGCAAGUUGGCCAGCAAAUCUCGGACAUUCUGAAUAAAUCUCCAGUUUGGGCUCAGUAUCGUGAUCAACGACACGAUCUAUUCUUGCCUGCUGCUAGGACGCAGGCAAUUACAGGCACUUCUACCGGUGUUGCUGGAUACUUGACUGAAGGCAUGUUCAGUCCUCCACCACUACACUCUCAACCCCCUCCUAUAGAACGAACAGGCUAGAGUUCUCCCCUUGCUUAGCAUCUGGUGCUUUCCAAAACAUCGCCCAACAUUUCUGUCAAUAUACAUUUUGUUCUGAUUCUAACUCGCGUAUUCAUCCUCGUCAUCACUUGCCGUAAUUCAUUGUCCGAGUGCCCCAAAUUAUCACUGUGAAUUGCCCUGUAUAUAGAAGUAUAGUGCAAUUGCUUCGUCGUGUUCUUUUCAAGUUCGUGUAUCUACGAGUGUCUUCCAACGCUAUUGAAUGUGAUAAUGAAAGCUGCAAAGUAUCUAUACAUUUUUUUUCUUUGAUUAACCUUUCUAUGCAUUGGGCCUUAUAACUAAGUUCGCAGUUUUUUAUCGUGAGAUAAGUAUACACGAGUACACGUAGCAAUGAUCAUCCAAAUGGCUUAUCUUAAAUUUUCACUGGAAUGUUUUGUAUAUUUUGUACGAUUU